AAAUUGUCCUCGGAAAGACCAAGUUCUGACGGAGAGGGUGUUGUAGAAAAUGGGACUGCCCCCAUCUGUAAUGGAAAAGAGCAAGUAAAGAGGAAAAAGAGCACGAAGUCAGACUCCAAAGGCACUGUGACUAAAGUAACGGGGAAAAAGAUCACCAAGAUUAUUGGUUUAGGGAAGAAGAAGCCCUCCACAGACGAACAGACCUCAUCGGCUGAAGAAGACGUCCCCACCUGUGGCUAUUUGAACGUGCUGUCGAAUAACCGUUGGCGUGAGCGCUGGUGCAGAGUGAAAGAUAAUAAACUUAUCUUCCACAAAGACCGAACGGAUCUGAAGAACCAUAUUGUCUCUAUUCCCCUGCGUGGCUGUGAAGUUAUUCCGGGGCUGGAUUCCAAGCAUCCUUUGACAUUCCGUCUGCUCCGAAAUGCACAAGAGGUUGCCGUGUUAGAGGCAUCGUCUUCUGAAGACAUGGGCCGGUGGAUUGGGAUCUUGUUGGCUGAGAGCGGCUCAUCUGCAGAUCCAGGGACUUUGCACUAUGACUACAUCGAUGUGGAUGUGACCGCAAGUGUUAUCCAGGCCGCAAAGCAGACCUUCUGCUUUAUGAACAGACGGGUUGUCUCGACUAAUCCGUAUCGAGGAAAUACGGCCAACGGCUACGCGUGCCCCAGCGGAAUGGCACUUCAUUAUGACGAUGUUCCUUGCAUAAAUGGAUCAUUUAAAGGAAAGAAGGCUCCUAUGGCUGCAAAUGGAAUUGUGGGGAAAGGGAGGACUUUGAGCAGUCCACAAAAGAAAUCAGAAUUUGCUUCAAAUGUGAGACGCAAUACCUCUAGUGCUGAUCAAUACAAGUACGGCAAGAACCGCGUAGAAGCGGACGCGAAGCGGCUGCAGACCAAGGAGGAGGAGCUCUUGAGGAGAAAAGAAGCCUUGCGGAAUCGCCUGGCGCAGCUCCGGAAAGAAAGGAAAGACCUCAGAGCGGCACUUGAAGUGAACACUGGCAAGAAAACCCUAAUUAUCCUUGAAGACAAAUUAAAGAAGCUGGAAGAGGAGUGCAAGGUGAAGGAGUCUGAACGUGUCUCUCUGGAAUUGGAGUUGACUGAGGUGAAAGAAAACCUGAAGAAGGCCUUGGCUGGAGGCAUCACACUAGGGCUGGCAAUAGAGCCCAAACCAGGAGCAUCCAGCGCCCAGUCUCCAGUGCUUAAACAUCAGACACUGGAAAACUCGCCCAUCUCCAGCUGUGACACGAGCGAUACCGAAUGUUCAGUGCCUGUGAACAGUGCGGUGGUUUUAAAAAGGCAUUCCUCUUCGAGCACCUCCCCCGGCAGAGGCCACGUGCUUCAGAAGGCAAAGGGCCAGCGAGGCGACUAA